AUGGAGGUUCUUGGGGUCCUGGCCUGGAUACGCGGGAGCCACAUGGGCGACCUAGCAGGACUGGACAACCUGGUGGCCAACACGGCCUACCUGAAUGCUCAGCGGAGUGAGCUGAGGAUAGACACGCUGAGGCUGCCCAGGCUAAAGAGGUCCUCUGCUCAGCUGGCAGCAGGGGAAAUGACGUACGAGUUUCUUUGUGAACAGCAGCCUAUUGGGAGGAGGUUAUUCCAGAAAUUUCUCCUGACCUCUAACCUGCAGAGCGUGGCUGCUGCAGAGUUCCUGCAGGAGCUGAGCCAGUGGAGCGUUGCAGUGGAUGGAAGCAAAGACGAGGCCAAACGGAGGAUAGUCGCCAAGUUCUGUCAACCUCAGUCUUGCACUUUCCUGUCCUACCUCCCCGGAGAAGAGGCUGACGUGUGCAGGGCAUUAUCGGAGAAAAACUUUGAUGAGGUGAAGGUGGGCCAGAUAAGAGAAGCCACAAGGAACUUUCUGAAGGGGAAGCCUUUCCAGCAGUACCUGAAGAGCCCCUUCUUCUAUAGGUUUCUGCAGUGGAAGCAGUGUGAGAGGCAGAAGAUCACUGACAGAUACUUUUAUGAGUUCAGAACUUUGGGAAAAGGUGGCUUUGGUGAGGUGUGUGCAGUGCAGGUGAAAUGCACAGGCCAAAUGUACGCCUGCAAGAAGCUGGAGAAGAGCCGUCUGAAGAAGAAAUGUGGCGAGAGGCUUGCCCUCAUGGAGAAGCAGAUCCUGGAAAAAGUCAACAGCCUCUUCAUCGUGAACCUGGCCUACGCCUACGAAAACGAAACCCACCUGUGCCUGGUCAUGGACCUGAUGCCUGGCGGAGACCUCAGGUUUCAUAUCUACGAGUUAGGGCCGAGGGGUCUCCGUAUGGAGCGGGUCGUUUACUAUGCAGCCCAGAUCAUCACCGGAAUCCUCCACCUGCACUCCAUGGACAUCAUUUACCGGGAUCUGAAGCCCGAGAACGUUCUGUUGGAUGGGAAAGGCCAGUGUCGUCUGUCGGACCUCGGACUGGCCGUGGAGCUCCCAAAGGGGAAAAUGAUCUGUCAGAAGGCCGGAACGACUGGCUACAUGGCUCCUGAGGUCCUGAGGCAGGAGUACUACCGCACCUCGGUGGACUGGUGGGCUCUGGGCUGCAGCAUUUACGAGAUGGUGGCUGCGCGUUUGCCUUUCAAAGACUUCAAAGAAAAGGUGCAGAAUUCCGAAGUCACCCGUCGUACUCUGGAGGACGAGGUCAAGUUUGAAGAUAAACGCUUUGAUGCUCCCACCAAAGAUAUUAUCGCCCAGUUUCUCAAGAAGAAGAUGGUGUAUCGCCUCGGCUGCCAUAGUGGUGUGGACCCACGAAACCAUGCCUUUUUCAAGAAUAUCCAUUUCCACCGUUUAGAGGCAGGGCUGGUGGAGCCCCCCUGGGUGCCAAGGCCCAAUGUGGUCUACGCCAAAGACAUAGAUCAUUAUCAGGACAACUCAGAGCUCAAGGAUGUUAAACUCGAUGCCAAGGAUGAGAAAUUCUUCAAAGAGUUCAGUACAGGUGCAGUUUCUAUCCAAUGGCAGACGGAAAUAAUUAACAGCGGAGUGUUUGAAGAGGUGAACAACGCCGAAGGCAACGGAAAUCUCAGCGAGAAUGGUUGGAAAUCCAGAAUGUGCAUCAUUUUGUAAGCACUACAUCACAUUGUAAGAACAUCAGCAAAACACAACCAAAUAUCAGCAUCUGGAGCAAGAGGUCUGAAUACUUGAGUUUAUUGGUUUUAAGCAAACAAAGUGCCUGGUUAAAACUCUAAAUCUAGCUGCUCUCGUCUUAACCUCAAUGUCUUUCUCUCCUACACAUCCUGCAAGUUUGCAUAGAAACAAGCCCAAAUAAAAAAAAACAACAGGUAACAAAGUUGCUGCCACAGCCAAACACAGCCGAAUAUCAGUCCCUGCAGGGAAGUAAAACCGCAGGAAAUAAGCAACCCCCUACUGCUCCACUACACUUUGCCCUGUCUUCCUGGUUACUCAGUGGGUCCCAGUUCAUUCAUAGUUUCCAUUACAUCACUCAGCACUUUUGGCAGGCAAUUGUUUUUUUUUUUAAUUGUUUGUACUUGUAAACAAGUUGCAUAAUGGUUUAGGAUCACUGUGCGAUUUUCCAAAUAAUCCCACAAUUCUUAAAGUGGCAAAAGAGUCACCUUAAGGGCCUUUUACUCAUCAGAAGUGACAGUUGAGUGCAGCUUCAUCAAUGUGGAGCCUUUCAGUAGCCGACAUUCACCACUAAGUGCCGCCAAACUCCCUCGAAGUGCAUUCAGCCUCCUUCACUCUCCUCAUGAUGUUCAUUAUCUUUACAGUGUUGCUCAGCUUU